UUAAAAUGGCAGAAAAUCAGUACUUUGCAAGACAUGAACUUAUGUGCCACCCAGACGUGUUAAGGUCAAUCCUGGAAGCCAACAGCGAGGAAUUAUUGGUUAAAACAUUACAAAGACUCGAUAUAAAGUCUACUGGAACCAAGGCCGAACGUCUUGACAGACUUUCCAACUGCUUAGCCUCUUCCAAAGGCAAAGGAUUGGCUGAGAUUAAGAGAAUCUCACGUACUACUUUAAAGGAGUUAUAUCAAGAAGCUAAGCUUUGGCAUCAAAGUGCGGAUGAAAGUGGUGAUCCGAUUUAUUUUCCCAAAUAUGUCACAUUUAACUCUGACUUUGAAGAGAAAUACCCUGGCUCUAAUAAAAUCAAAAGAUUUCCUCAGUACAAAGUUCGAGACUUAGAUGGCUCAAUUGCCAAGAAGGUUCAAAAGCAUCGCAGCAAAGUCAUUAAUUCUACAGAUUUGCCUCAGGGUUGAAAGAAAUAAAAGAGAAAGAAAAGGCGCAGUCAUCAAAUACUGAAGGACUAAAACCAUACAAGAAAUAUUUUCUAUUAUAGAAGCUAAGGAGCAGGCUAAGGAAAAAGAGAAGGAUACUGAAAGUCUUAAGGAAGACAUAUGAAAAAGACCUCAUCUCCAAAGUGCCCAAAUCACCCCCCCACAAACACACCCCUCUCCAAUACCAAAACGAGCCAAUAAGCCCACAAAAACCCCUCCAUCACCCCAUUCACCCCCAUCACAUGCCUAAACCCCGACUCCCACCCUCACACACCCCAAAACCCCCCAAAAGAC